AUGUCUGGCGGAAAACUGGUGACUAAAUGGGGUGACACAUACGACUGUGUGAAUUUCUACAAACAACUUGCAUUUGAUCAUCCAUCAUUGAAGAAUCACAAUUUUUAUCCCGAGAUGAAACCUACUUUAUCAACGAUAAAGCAAAUUCCAAGUGCUUCAACUGUUGAUAUAUCUUCGAAGAUAUUGUUAGAGAAUGAAGGUUGUCCUUCUGGAACCGUUCCUAUCAAAAGAGUUACCAAAGAUGAUCUUAUUAGACAAAGACGUAUGCCACCGCCAGAAGAUUUCACAUUGGAAUCUCACUUAGAGGAUACAACCCACAUUUUGGAGGAAACUGGAGGAUACAAGCGUGCAAUUGUUCAUACUCCAAGUGAUCCAAAUAACAAGUUUGCGGGAGCUGCAAUGAUAGCUAGUAUAUGGAAUCCUCAUGUGGAAGGUCAACAAAGUAGUGCGUGUCGAUUGAAGAUUCAAAAAGGACCAGAUAGUAUGCAAGUUGGUUGGAGAGCUGGAAAUACACAUUGCUUCAAUACAUUAUGUCCUGGUUUUGUAUUAGUAAACAGUAACAUAUAUCUUGGUUCUGAAUUCGACCAUAUUUCUCGACGAGGGAAUGAGACACAAUGGGAGUUUUUUUUCUACAUUGAUCGGGAUCUAGUAAACGGAAACUGGUGGCUUUUAAUUGGAGAAAAUCAGACAGCAAUUGGAUUUUGGCCUCCAGGGAUUUUUACGGCAUUAUCAAAUGACUUUGCUACGAACAUUGAGUGGGGUGGAGUGGCAUAUACUCCGCCAGGUGUACCAUAUCCUCCAAUGGGGACUGGCUUUUUUCCUGCAAUUCCAGAUCCUAAGCUUGAUGCUUAUUGUAGGGGACUUAUAGUUUUUAAUAAUAAAGGCGAGACGAUAAAUGCAGAAAAAACUCCCAUAUUUCUUGACAAUCCAAUAUUGUAUCGGGUCAUUGAUGAACCACAUGGAGGACCCGAAAAUUUUCCUCAUUAUAUGUUUUACGGGGGACCAGAUGAUACACAUAUGUAG